AUGGACCUAAAGGAGAGUUGUGGCAGUGAGGGGAGCCAUGAGAGCUCCAGUCUGCACCCGUCCUCCUGGCAGGCCUUCUCCCACACCAGCACGCUACACGGCCUGCGCUUCAUCUUCCCCUACGGCCGGCCAACACCUCGCCGCCUGCUCUGGGCCGCCGCUCUGCUGGCCUGCCUGGGCCUCCUGGCCAUGGAGAGUGCCGAGCGCCUGGCCUACUUCCUUUCCUACCCCCAUGUGACGAGCGUGGAUGCCGUGAUGUCGAGCAGCUUGGUGUUCCCUGCCGUCACCGUGUGCAACCUCAACGCCUACCGCUUCAGCCGCCUGUCCCGCAAUGACCUGUACCACGCUGGGGAGCUGCUGGCCCUGCUGGACGUCCACCUGAGGAUCCCUGAGCCCCAGCUGGCCGAGCCCCACGUCCUGGCCUUCCUCACAGACAAGGCCAACUUCACCGCCUACAGGCCCAAGUCCUUCAGCAUGCGUGAGUUCACCGAGAGAGUGGGCCACGACCUUAAGGAGAUGAUGCUCUACUGCCGAUACCAAGGCCAGGAGUGCAGCCACAAAGACUUCAAAAUCGUAAGUCUACUCAUAGUCUCCCUGUCUUUGCUCAGGUCUGGCAUGGGUCACAUCUGCUGCUACUGCAGCGCAGUUGAGUCUCUCACUCAGAAGGCUUUGUCUGUCAAGUGUUAA